AUGUGCAUCAUCUCUAGAAUGAAAGGGGUAAGCUUCAGCUCCAGUUUCAGCCCCCCGUCAUUCUGCGCCACUGAGACCUGGAGCAGAGCUUUUGCGAAAGUCUCGCUGGCCCUGCUUGGUUUCUGUCUCUGGGGAGCUGCUCUGGCUCUACUGUUUGGGGGUGCCUUUGUGAUCCUUACCUACAAGAGCUACAACGUCUUCUUUCAGAAUUCCUGCUUUGUUCUGCCAGGCUCUUUGGCCCUCGUGACUGCUUUUCUGCUGUUCCUGGCUGGUGCUUUGGCAAUGUUUACGCCUGGAAAGAAUUCUCGACAUCAUCAAGGAAUGCUGAUGUACCUGUUAGUGGUCCUCUUCUGCCUGGAAGCCUCCUCUGUGGUUAUGACCCAGAUCUAUUCUACCCAGGUAGCUUAUCAGCUGACAAGCAGCAUGCGCUCUCUGUUUCAGCAGUACAACAAGACAGUUCCAAAUGACCCCAGCAACGAGGCUGUGGAUGCGAUCCAGCUGCGGCUGAAGUGCUGUGGGAUCUACAAUUACACUGACUGGCAUGUGCUGGCCCUUCCAAGCCAUCUCCAGAUAGGCCCUGUCUUUGCCCCGAAAAGCUGCUGCAAAGAGGCAGCUUUGGAUUGUCCUGACAAUGUUAUCCAGCCGGAGAAACUAUUUGAAGAAGGCUGUCUCCAGAAGCUGGAAAAGAGGCUGCGUUUUGUUAGGCAUUAUAUGAAUUGGUCUUGUGUCAUUGGAGGCUGUCUGGAGAUGCUAACUGUCAUCUGCAAUGGAAUGCUUAUGAAGCAGCAGCCGUUCCAGGAUUUCCGUAUUCUUGAUUCUGCAAAUUUUUCUUAGGCUGGAGAAGUGACAAGCGUUGUCUGAUGUUUUCUAUAUUUCCUGAGGCUAUUAAGGAGUGAA